GAAGCACCAUGCUGGCUGCCACACUCCUGAGCCUGGCCCUGCUGGGCAGUGCCCAUGCCUGCUCCACCAGCACCUCAUAUGUGGCAGGCAUCGUGUGCCGCAUCACCAAGCCUGCCCUCCUGGUGUUGAAUCAAGAGACAGCCAAGGUCAUCCAGACAGCUUUCCAGCGAGCGCCCUACCCAGACAUCAAGGGCGAGAAGGCCAUGAUGCUCCUUGGCCGUGUCAAGUAUGGUCUGCACAACAUCCAGAUCAGCCAUCUGUCGGUCGCCAGCAGUCAGGUUGAACUGGUGGAGGCCAAGUCAGUUGAUGUCUCCAUUCAAAACGCAUCUGUGAUCUUCAAGGGGACCCUGAACUAUGGCUACACUGGAGCCUGGGGGUUGAACAUUGAGCAGUCUGUGGACUUUGAGAUCGAGUCUGCCAUUGACCUCCACAUCAACACACAGCUGACCUGCAACUCUGGCAAAGUACAGACCCAUGCCCCUGACUGCUCACUGUCCUUCCACAAGCUGCUCCUGCAUCUCCAAGGGGAGCGUGAGCCUGGGUGGAUCAAACAGCUGUUCACAAACUUCAUCUCCUUCACCCUGAAGCUGGUCCUGAAGGGGCAGAUCUGCAAGGAAAUCAGCGUCAUUUCCAACAUUAUGGCUGACUUUGUCCAGACAAAGGCUGCUAACAUUCUGUCGGAUGGAGACACUGAGGUAGACAUUUCCUUGACAAGAUCACCUGUCAUCACUGCCACCUACCUGGAGUCCCAUCACAAGGGUCAUUUCAUCUACAAGAACAUCUCAGAGGAGCAUCCCCUCCCUCCCUUCUCGCCCACACUGCUGGGAGACAGCCGCAUGCUCUACUUCUGGUUCUCUGAGCAAGUCCUUGACUCCUUAGCCAAGGUUGCCUUCCAAGAUGGCCACUUCCAGCUCAGCCUGACAGAGGCAGAGUUCAAGGCAGUGCUGGAGACCUGGAGCUUCAACUUCAACCAGGAAAUCAUUCCAGAGCUGUUCAGCGGCUCCUUCACUAGCCCUGCCCGAGUCACUGUCCAUUGUUCGAGGAGGCCCACGAUCUCCUGCCAGAACAAGGGCGUUGUGGUCAGCUCUCCUGUGGUGCUGGAAUUUCUCUUCCCACAUGAAAAUGGGCAAGGUUCUGUGGCUCACACUUUUGAAGAGGAUAUUGUCACUACCAUCCAGGCCUCCUAUUCCAAGAAAAAGCUCUUCUUAAGCCUUGUGGAUUUCCAGAUUAAACCAAAGGCUUCUUCCAUCAAGGCUGAGAGCAGCUCCGAGUCCAUCCAGAGCUUCCUGCAGUUGAUGAUCACCACAGUGGGCAUCCCCGAGGUCUUGUUUCGGCUGGAGGUGGCAUUGACAACUCUCAUAAACAGCAAAGGCCUGGACCUUUUUGACAUCAUCAACCCUGAGAUCAUCACUCGUGAUGGUUUUCUGUUGCUGCAGAUGGACUUUGGCUUCCCAGAGCAUCUGCUGGUGGAUUUCCUACAGAGCCUGAGCUAGGAAGCUCCAAGAGGCCAAUGGGGCUGGAAGCAAAGGCAUGAAGUCAGCUUACAACAAGAACCCUGGUGUCUGUGGGCAGGGGCCAGGGUGGAGCAAAGAUGGAGACUGACUUCUAGCUCCUCUACUUUAAGACCUACUGCCAUUAAAUGCUCAGUUCAGGA